AUGGCCCCGCAGAGCGACCGCUCGCCGGACGAAGGACAGCCGUAUUUCGGGGGCGCCGAGGACCCCUCCUCGGCGGCCGGCGGGGACUCCGCGGGCAGUCGGGGCGGCUCGCCGGCCCGCACGGCCCUGGCCCCGCGGGACACGGCGGCCCGCAGGAAGGGGAAGGCGCGGCGGGGCCGCGGCAAGGCGCGGAACGAGGGCUUGCUCAGCAAGCAGAAGAGGAGCCGGCGCAUGAAGGCAAACGACCGGGAGAGAAACCGCAUGCACCACCUCAACUCCGCCCUGGACGCGCUCCGCAGCGUCCUGCCCACCUUCCCCGACGACGCCAAGCUCACCAAGAUCGAGACGCUCCGCUUCGCCCACAACUACAUCUGGGCGCUCACACAGAGCCUCCGCCUGGCCGAGCAGAACCUGCCCGAGCCCCCCGCGCCGCCGCCGCCCCCCGCCACCGCCUCCCCCGGGCCCUGGGACUCGCCCUGCCCCGCGGCCCCGCCACCCGCCGCCCUGCGCCGCGGCCCCGCUGCCUUCCCCGCCUUCCUCUGA